CCGCCUCCGGUCCCCCAGCCCCGCCCCGAAGUUUGAGGGGUGUGGAUGGUCUGUGCCCCCCUCCCCUCGUGGUGCCCCUCGGGGGCUGGGAGAGCCGGGUUCGGGCCCCGCCACCGACCCAGGAAGCCUCCUCCUGGGGUGCCCCUGGCGCGGAGCCUCGGGCUCCCCGGACCGGAGUGGUGGACCCCGUGGCCCGCGUCAGGCUGAGGAGAGGUCCGCGGGGGCCGUGGGGUACAGCGCGAGCCCCCCACGGCCGCCGCUGCUUCUCCCUGUCCAUCGGAACUCAUGACAUUCACCUUCCGGCCGUCAGGACUUGGUUGUGGGAGCGCUAGCUCCUUGCUCCCACUUCCUUUUUGAACAAUUGCAGUGUGCCGAGCACUGCACUCAGUAAUUGCUUCGAUGGUUUCACGUCAUCUGCAAAAUAGUCUCGUGAGCCCGGAGGCAGCCAGUGGGCAGAGCAUGGAGCUCUCUGACGUCCCCCUCAUUGAGGGUGUGGGAAAUGAGGUGAUGGUGGCCGCAGGUGUGGUGGUGCUGAUUCUAGCUUUGGUCCUGGCUUGGCUCUCCACCUAUGUAGCAGACAGCGGUAGCAGCCAGCUUCUAGGCACUAUUGUGUCAGCAGGUGAUGCUUCUGUCCUCCAACUGGGCCAUGUGGACCACCUGGUGGCGGGCCAGGGAGCCUCCGAGCCCAGUGAGCUCCCCCGUCCGUCAGAGGGUAAUGAGGAGAAAGCCGAAGAGUCUGGUGAAGGUGGGGGAGACCCCACAGGGGAAUCUGGAGCUGGAGGUGGUGCUGAGCCCAGCCUGGAGCAUCUCCUUGACAUCCAAGGCCUGCCCAAAAGACAAGCAAACAUGGAAGGCCCCUUGCGAUCCGAGGAUGGCACCUGCACACCGCCCAGCCCCGGCCUCAUCAACGUGCGACUCAAAUUCCUCAAUGACACCGAGGAGCUGGCUGUGGCAAGGCCUGAGGACACUGUGGGUGCCCUGAAGAGCAAGUACUUCCCUGGACAAGAGAACCAGAUGAAACUCAUCUAUCAGGGCCACCUGCUGCAGGACCCAGGCCGCACCCUGCGCUCCCUGAACAUUACUGACAACUGUGUGAUUCACUGCCACCGCUCGCCCCCAGGGUCAGCUAUUGCAGGCCCCUCUGCCUCCCUGGCCCCCUCAGCUGCUGAACCAGCUAGCCUUGGUGUCAAUGUGGGCAGCCUCAUGGUGCCCGUGUUCGUGGUGCUGCUGGGUGUGGUCUGGUACUUCCGUAUCAAUUACCGCCAGUUCUUCACAGCACCCGCCACUGUCUCCCUGGUAGGGGUCACAGUUUUCUUCAGCUUCCUAGUAUUUGGGAUGUACGGACGAUAAGGACAUAGGGAGAAAAUGAAAGGCAUGGUCUUCCUCUUUUAUGGCCUCCCCCUUUCAUGGCCAGAGCUGGGCCCAAGGGCCUGGGAGGGAGGAGUGGAAAGGAUGUGGGACUGCCCCCACUCUAUUGGGCAUGGGACACAGGCCCAGGGCCACCUCUUCACGUCCCCAGGGGCAUAUACAUCCCUUCUGUGUGAGUACAACUCAGGUAGAUUAGAGGAUGUCCUCUUCACGUAUGGGGUCCUGCAGGAGUUGAAAGCUGAUGGCCAGAUUCAGUGGGAAAUCUGGGUUCUGAGGGUUCCCUUCCACGCAUAGUUACCACCCCCCAAAACUUCCCAAAUGCCCUGCAUGUUCCUCUUCCCCAGCACCUAGGGCUGCCUGCCAGGGUGGCUUGGCAUGCCCCACUGUGCUCCGGUAGGGAGCCUGGACCAUCUGCAGCUCCUUAACCAAGGACCAGUCUGUCACAAGUAAAAUCACACCAGCGGGGAUAAAGAUUGUGCCAGUCUUCCCCAUGUGCACCCAGCCACCUCCUUCCUCCCAGCCCUGUAGCAGGAAUAGGGCAUCUCUCAUGUUCUAGACAAUUUCCAGCGUUUUCCCCUUUCAGAGCACUUUUCUUCAUGUCUUAGUAGAGCUCAAUUGGGAUGGGGAAUGGGGCAUGGAGCCAAGCCCCUGGCAUGGGGAGAAGCCAGGCCACAGCUGCUACUCCCCUAGGCCUAAGGCUGUGAGCAAAAGACAGUGCUGGCCCUCUGCCAGCAUCCUACCCUGCCCAGCUCCAAGGACAAGCUCGGUAUGGCUCCUGGGGCCCCAAGCCCUCGCAUCUGGGGCUCCUGCAGGGUUGCUAUCUCUGAAUAAAGUUCUAUUACUACGGCUGUG